AUGAUUGUAUUACAACACAAUGAGAUAAUAGCAUCAUUUGAAAAUAGCGUCAUUCAAAAGGUGCAUCGAUAUAGUAACAGAUUAUACGCGAAUUUGUGUGGUGUUGUGUCAAAAAAUGCAAUAGAUCACAUUGCGGCAGAGUAUGACCGCGUAAAGUAUGUAGGUAUUGAUCAGACUGAGUGUCGUUGCACAAUUAGGAAAACACAUAGUCUACCUUGUGCAUGUGAAAUAGUCAGGUAUAGUAUGAUCCCACAUUCCAUUCCAUUAGACGCUAUUCAUGUUUGGUGGAGUAAAUUAACUUUUCAUGUUGAUGCAUCGAGUAAACCUUCAGAGUUAUCUGUGAAACAUGAAAUAGAUGUCAUAGUGAAAAAGUUUGAAGAACUUGAUGUACCUGAUAAAAUUUCACUUAAAGGUAAAUUACGAGAGAUCGCGUAUCCAUCGACUACGUCGAUGUUUCCACCGGUUGCCAAGGUUAAAACAAAAGGUGCACCAAGAAAAGGCAAACAUAAGGUAUCAAAAAGAGAUAAAUCAACCAAGCGUGAUCCAUCUUGGUGGGAGUAUGUGGUUACAAGCGUUCGAUGUAGUGGCACAAAUGCAUGUAGCACUAUAGAUACCAGUAAAGUAGAAAAGCUCGCACCUCGACCAUCAGUCCAAAAGCUCACACCUCGACCAUCAGCUAGCAAAGUUCAACAACCAAGAGUUCUCCUCUUCAAAGAUUCUACAGUUUUACUUGGAAUGAGUGAGAACUGUUGGGCAUUCAUCCAUCAACAGUGUGUGAUAGAGCUUCAAGAGUUCAUGUCUCAUUACGAGAUACUAUUUGGUGGAGAAAAUUAUGUUCGACAACUUAUACACAAUGUGUAUGUUGAGCAAGUUGCUUCGAAGGAUAAUCGGAUGACACUUCCAGAAAUGGGAUAUGUGAUUGCUUCGAAGUUUAACUUGGUUGUCGUCGCAUUAUCACUUAAGCAAUCACAAACAUAUUUUCCACUUCGAAGUCCACCAACAACAUCUAUGUCAGAUCAUCGUGUGAUUGUUAUUGCAUUUGUUAAGAACUGUCAUUUCGUACAGGUUUACUUAAAGUCAGAUUUCCUUAUACCACCAGCAAGUAAUUUGUGGAAACAAUAUUGCAAUGAAGAAGCACGACAAUGGAAAUUUAUAUACAGGGAUCGCAUGCAACAUUGGUUGUAG